UGCUUGGCAAAUUCUCUCAGAUUUUCUCAGAAGAACAAAGUAUGAAAAGAAUUAAAGGGAAAAUGGACAUUUGAGAGCUGGUUUUGAUUCAGUGGUAUGGCCUGCAGAACUAUUUGCACUGAUUUUCUGGUGUGGAAUUGACUGCAGGAUAUUACUGAGAAAACUUUCAUGUAGCAGCAAUUUGUUUUUAAUUUUGUAUUCUUAUCACCCUGACUUCUUUUUAAACUAAGAAUACUGGUUUAUGUGGUACUUCUGACGUUCAUCAUGAGUAGUUUUUUUUUUCUUCAUAGAGCUGGCAGUGUGGUUUUUUGCUACUGUGUAGAGCCAGUUCACAAACUAGGGUGCUGCUUAAUAAAGUCUCUGAUUACAGGGUAGUCAUGAAAAACGAAUUUUCUAGCAGGAGUGUAAAAUACAUCUCAUGCUCUUUUACCGAAGUGCCAGGGUGGAAACCUGGCACCAAUUCCUUUGUUUUCAAAGGCUUUCAGGGCCUCUGGUUCUCAGUGACAGGUGGGGCCACAUUCUAUCUAGGUGAGCUCUUGGGGACCCAUUAAUGGGUGGGACAAAUGGCAACAUGGGUAAAACCAGAACUAUCUACAUGUUCUUAGUGCCAAUUAACAAAGCCUUAGGAGGGGCAUUUCCUCCUCUGGAAUGAGGAAACAAAACUGCAAAAAGCCAGAAAGCCAACAGAAAACCAAUGCCUAGGAGAAAAGUGAGUGGAACCAGAAGGCCUCUGGUCUCCUGGAAACUCUGGAGAGCUGCACUGGGACCUUGAGGCUUUGCUUGCCUUUUCUGAGGAGGUAUGCUUCUAUUUUUAAUUUUCUUUUUUCAAAAGUACAUGAUUGUUUGGUCCACUUUUUUCAGAAAACCAAAUAUUACUUCCUUAUUGCUUUAGUGGGGAAAGUGCUCUGCAUAUUGGAUUACCCUAAAUGGUGCAUUUUCAUACUUAAUAUGUCUCUUGCUUUUGAGAGAAUACAUUUUGAAAAUGGUCCUAUUCAGCUGCAUGCUGUUCAGAAGCAGACUUGGAAACUUUAGGAAGGAAAAAUUAAGAACACUGGCAACCAGAUAGUUUUCUCCUUCCAGUUUGUGGAAAAUGAAAAAUUGGGGCUGGGGGGAAUACCCGAAAUAAAUCUUGGUGGUGCAGCCAUGAAUGAUUUGUAUACUGGAACCAUAGGCUAAGCUUCCUGGAAGAUGUACUGCUGGCAAGCAAUGGAGUGCACCUUACAAAGAAAGGAAAGGAUGUACUUGGCCACAGAAGACAUUUUCAGGAAGGCUUUAAACUGAAUUCUGCAGGGGAGGGAGACAUAUAUCUGAGUGCAACUGACAAAGGAUUAUAUAUUGCAAUAGUGAAAGGAACCGUAGCUGGGCCUAACACUAGUCUCCUGAAAAAUGUAGGAAGAAAGCCAGGGAAUGAUUCAAAAGGCUUUACAUGUCUAUACACCAAUGCUCAAACUAUGGGAAACAAACAACUUGAACUCUUAGUACACAAAGGCAAAUAUGACCUGAUGGGCAUGAAUGAAACUUGGUAGGAAUGGAAUUCAAAACUUGCAGAAUAUAAUUUGUUCAAAAAUGCAAAUGUACAAAUGAAGAAGUCUUAUUCAUUUGGUUUGGUUUCAUUUGGUGGGGUACAUUCUGAUGGAUGUUUAGAUAGAGAAAAAAGGCCUACAACUCCCAGAAUGCUGACUAGGGAAUGUAGGGAAUUGUAGUUCUUUGUUUGUUUUUUGUUUUAGACUUGCAUCCUUAAGAGAGCAAACUGAAAAAGUAUGGUCAAAUUGUAACAUGAAUAAUUUCUUUUUCAGAAACAAUUGUAUCUUAAACAGAAAAAUGCAAGCAAACGAUUCUGCACCUACACCACCACCUCCAGCGUAUCCAGGAUAUCCAGGUGCCCAACCCCAGUAUGGCUUUCCUCAACCAGUACCUGGAGCAACUUUUCCAGGACAACCUUUCCUGGCUCAUCCAGCAACUUAUGGAGCUGUCCCACCUCAAAUUCCACAAGUUGCAGCUCCUCCUGUAAUUUGGAUGCCAGCUCCACCUGCAAUUCCUAAAUGUCCCCCUGGAUUAGAAUAUUUAAGUCAGCUUGAUCAGAUAGCAGUUCAACAGCAGAUUGAGCUUCUGGAAAUGAUAAGUGGCUAUGAAACUUGCAACAGAUACGAAGUCAAAAACCCUCUGGGUCAGUGGCUGUACUUUGCAGCUGAGGAAAAUGAUGACUUCACCCUGAAUAUGUACGGGGCAUUGCGACCAUUCACCAUUAAGCUCUUUAACAGUACAAACCAGCCAGUCAUUCAGCUGUCAAGAUCUUUCCAGUGUUCCAUUUGCUGCUGUCCUUGUGUUUGCUGCUUGCAAGAGCUUGAAGUUCAGGCCCCACCAGGCACAAUCAUUGGCUAUGUGAAGCAGAAGUGGCACCCAUGUAAGCCUAGAUUUUCUUUACAAAAUGAGGCCAGAGAAGAUAUACUUAAAAUGUCUGGGCCUUGUGUUCCAUGCCGCUGUUUUGAGGAUAUUCUUUUUCAGGUGAAGGCACUAGAUGAGAUAGCCGUUCUUGGAACAAUUUCUAGGAAGUGGACUGGCAUGGCCAGAGAGGCUGCAACAGAUGCCAGCAUCUUCAACGUUACCUUCCCAGCAGAUCUGGAUAUUAAAAUGAAAGCAAUUGUGAUUGGGGCUUGCUUCCUCUUGGAUUUCAUGUAUUUCGAACGGCAAGGAAACAGGAACAAACAGAACAGGAGAACUGGGGUGCAUGGGGCUCCUCGGACAUAUGGACACCGCAGGCGUUAGUUUAGGCCCAUGUUGCCUUAUGAAUACCUCAGAGCAAUUACAUUAUCCCAUGGCUUUUUUGAUAGAAUACUCUAUGGAAUCUGAGGGUGGGGGCAUGGCAGGUUAUGUUAUAUAUUUGUACAACUUCCAGUUGUAUCUGUACUGACAGUACCUAUUGCAUAAUAUGUCCUAUAAGCAAUUCAAAAGUUUGCAAAAUACACUGAAUAUUUAAAAAGUAUUACUUCAGUGCAGCAGGAUGGCUGUGUACUUAUAUCAGAAUAAUAAGUAUGAACAGAUAUUAUGCAUUAUACUAAUUUUCCAGAAUACCAGCUGUCAACAGCAAAUGGGGGGUCACUUUUUGCCCCUCCAUUUCCAAUUUGUGCUCUUGCCACCAUUAUGGAAGGACAGACACCUAGGAGGCAGCUAAACAUCAUUUCUCCAAGUUUACUUUGCUAUGUCUCUUUUAUGUUAUUUUUUCUUUUAUUCAUAUGAUUCUUAUGAUUAUAUACUGAAUGUUUCCAACUGUUUAGUGAAGUGAAAAUUUUGUUAACCAUGUUGGACUUCCAGUUGUUAUACAACUAACAUUAAAUACCUACAUGAAGCUAA